UCCCAGGUGAGCGCGUCCCCUCUGCAGCCCUGGGCAGAACGAGCGGGCGGCAACGGCAGACGGAGAGGACUUGAGGCUUGGUUUUCACCCCUCUUCAAGCCCGUGUCCCCUUGUGCUUUGCAGGUUUCAGCUCACGGUGCUCAGCAGAAGAGCGGUGUCCAGGGCUUUCUCCACCUGGCACAGCAAGGCUGCAGAAAAGCAGGCGAUGGGAGGAGGUAGGGGAGCGUCCCUGCUGUCCAGGCGGGGCCCUGCCCCACGCUGCGUGAGCACAGCCGCGUCAAACGCACUCUGCACGGGCUGCUCUGAAGAGCUUCCUCCUUUCCCAGGCGCAGAGGGCUGUCCUGGCAAGCUGCUGCAGAGCCGGGCAAAGCGUUCCCUGCCCGUGCUGCCAAACCAGGGGCCAGGAGCUGGGCAGCAGGACACAGGGAAGAAGCCUUCUGCCCGUGUGCUCCCGCCACGUCCAGGCAGUUCCAGCAGGACGAAGGAGGCAGGCAGGCAGGAGCCAGCUCCUCCAGCCAGGCCUGCCGCUGCACUCCCAUCCUCUGAAGCCUGCAAGAGAGCGCUGCAGGAGGUGCGGCAGCUGUCUGCAGAGUGGGAGCGAGGGAAGACGCGGUGCCAAGAGCAGCUGCAGCAAGCCAAGGCGGAAUGGGCGGCGUGGGAAGCCUGGUCUGCAGGGGAGGAGCAACAGCUGCCCCAGGCGCUCGGCACUGGAGGCCCUUGGACUCCCCACCCUCCAGCCCAGCCCAGGAGGAAGGAGCCCAGCAAGAGGUGGAGAAAGGUGGAGAAGCCUCUGCCAGCAGAGGACGUGGCAGCAGCAGCCCAGCUGGAGAGACUCCAGCCUGACCACCCUUCCCCGCGAGCCGUCCAGGUCCUCAAAGCGCUGGAGCCGCAUCGGGCACGGAGCUUCACAUUCCAGCAGGUCGCUGAGAACAACAGGCGGCGCCAAGAGCAGCAGAGGCAGCUCCCCUGCACUCGAUGCUGGUACCGCAGCAGAGGGGAAGGUGCCGGGAGCAGCAGCGGCAGCAGUGGCCGUGAGCAAAGGGGCUGGGAGGCUCCUGAGCUGCCAAGAUCCACCUGAGAACAGAAAAUAAAGAGCUCUGGGCUCUUCCCAGAUGGACUGACUGGUCUGUGCCUGCUGAUGGAUCCGUCUCAAGGGAUUACACACACCCCAUGGGGGAUCCCAGGAGUGCCUGUCGGGGCGGGAGGGAGCACAGUCCCAGGGCUGGGACAGGAGCGGCUGGUGGGAGACCAACGUGGUGCCGUGACAGCGGGUAUCUGCUAGAGGCUCCUGUGCAGAAGGAAGAUGGAGACGGGGCCUUCUGCAGACAAGGGGAAGAAGCCUCUCGUUCAUCUGCCCCGGUUCUCCUGGAGGGCCUGAGCCGGCCUGGUACCCGCUGGAAGAACAAUCCCGCGGGGCUCAAGCCAUCUGGGACAGUUCUAGAGGGCAUUUCCUGGCAUGGGUGAUGGAGGAACCACGAAGGAGAGCUGCUCUGCUGGAAACCAAGGAAGACCUGGUUAAGGAUGAGGCUUCCAGGAGAGCAGACUUCCACCCUGCCAGGAAACCCAGUUCUGCUCCCUGUCCUGGCCAGGCCCGGCCUUGGGAAGCAGCCGAUUGCAGCCAGGAAACGCAGCCAAGCGGGGGACGAGUGUGGCGGAGAGGCACGGCCCUACCUCUGGCUGGGGUCGGGGACAGCCUGCCCAAAACAGACAUGGGACUGCCUCCCCGCAGCCUUCCCUCCAUCCCUGCCUCCCACCAUCCCCGUAUCAGUCAGGCAGCCCCAGCUCCAGCUGUGGUCUACAGCUCCAGCUGUGCUCCUACAGCUCCAGCUCUGCUCUGCCCCUCACCCUUGUCCUUGAGCUACAACAGCUGGGGAAGCCCCAAGUGUCCCAGCGCCUGCAGCCCUUGGAUGAGCAAACUCCU